UUGUGUCAUAUGAUUUAUGCAGAUAUGUCCACUCAGGAGCUCUUUGUUGCUGCAGCUCGUAAAAGUCUGUCUGUUGGUAAAAAAUCUCUCUCUGCUCCUCAGAGUCUGGACCUGGCUGCUCAGGUCUCGGCUGUUGAUUUGGGUUUGAAACCCGCUUUGCUGUACGAUAGUAACAGCGCCAGUUCAGAGCAGGUGCAGCAGUAUUUGAGCUCUUUGCAGUCUUCCCAGCUUGUGUCUAAAUCACUUCUCACAUUGGAUUUAAAUGGAAACACUCUCAUUGUCAAUCCAGUUACAGUCGGAUCAAAUCUAGAGCAGGUGCUUCAUGACAGCGUUGUGGCUAUGAUCAAUGUCUGCCACUCUCUGGAGAAGCCCACCAUCACUGACCUGCUCAGAGGAGAGCUGAAGAGCAUGAUACAAGAUUUACUGCAUCUUCUGAGAAGGUUUGAACAACUGACGGAGGCUGAGAAACCACUUUAUGUUGGAGGGAAAUGCGAAGAAUGGAACCUGUGCACAGUUUUCGGUCUCUUGUUGGGCUACCCUGUCACCUACUGGUUUGAUCAGACCAAAAGCUUUGAAAAUUGUCUGUCUAUGACUCCCCUGAUGGUGACUACAGCUGCAGCAACAUGGCAGGCAGACACCACAGAUCACAGAUGUUGUCUGUACUCUUUCAGCAUCCCAGCUGUUCUGCUUGAAGAGACACAGUCCAACCUGGAGCACUGGGGGCUUGGUUUAAAAGAAAAAUUUAAGCAGCAAAAUGUCCUAAAGGAUCUUAGUGUUUGUCAAACUACAGUAACUCUGCCCUCAGUCUGUUUGUGAUGCCACCAUAAGUCUGUCUUUAAAAUAAUCUGUUGUGGGUGUACUUUAUUACUCCAUUAAACUUUGUCAAAACAUG